UAUGGUACCACUAUCCCCCCAACUUUGAAGUCAGUCUCGAGGCAUCGCCAAUGCAAGUCGAGCUACGUAACUUGCUCUCCUUCCUCCUCUCAGCCUGGGACCGAUGGAGUCCCUUUACGAAUCCCGUCUCACCAUCAGACUUCAUCCACCUGAGCCACAUCCGUCCUCCAUUACUUCCUGGGAAAGAAAUGGACAAGUCCCUCGCCGUCCUCGUCAUCCACUUGAUCGUGGCAGUGGCAGCAGGCUCCGCACCAGGCAGGUAGCGUAAAAGUACCGAAUUCCUAUCCCUG